AUGGCACCAACAGCACUCUCUAAUCGUUUCAUCAACAUAGUUGCUGCUGCUCACUCAGCGGUAGCUGUUAUUGAUACUGGUAUCGACUAUCUGCAUCCUGCUCUGGGAGGAUGCUUUGGACCACAAUGUAAAGUUGCAUUUGGUUAUGAUUUUGUUGGUGAUGACUUCAAUCAAUCGAACAUCAAUCCAAUGCCGGACGAAGAUCCACUCGAUAAUUGUUCUACGAGCGCCCAUGGCACGCAUGUUGCUGGAAUUGUUGCUGCCAAUGCAACAGAAAUGACUCAAACAGGCUUUAUUCCUUUUCAAUCUUUUCUCGGUGUCGCUCCUCAAGCUACUCUUGGAGGAUACCGUAUCUUCGGAUGCGCUGGAGACACUGCUACCACAGACGUCAUGACUGCAGCAAUAUAUCGAGCCUUCGACGAUAAAGCCGAUAUAAUCACUAUGUCUGUUGGGGGUGCUGGUGCUUACACAGAAAGUUCGGAUGCGAUCGCUGCUCAACGCGUAUCGGAAAAAGGAGUAUAUAUUACGUUUUCGUUUGGCAACGACGGAAGCCAAGGUCUUCAAACAGAUCCACCAGAUACGCCGAAUGAUGGUUGCCUCAGUCCAACUCUAAACGUGACGGGUGCAGUAGUUUUGUACGCUUUUAACAAUGGUGACGAGUGUGGUUCCGCUGUUCGAUGUAAUUUAGCGGCGCAAGCUGGAGCAACGGGCUGUCUCAUAUACAAUGUCGGUGCAAUCGCAGGUUCAUCCACUAUCCCGAGUGGAAGCAUUAGUAUGGCAGAUGGCUUGAAGAUUAUCGCAAUUGUGACAAACAACCCGUCAGCUAUAUUUACGUUCACGAAUUCGCAAGGACUUGCUCCCAUUUCGACAGGAGGAACCCCUUCAAGUUUCACGUCAAUCGGUCUCACUGGCGACUUGCUGUUUAAACCCCAAAUUAGUGGCAUCGGUGGCUAUGUUUACUCGACUAUUUCAUCCUUUGCUGCCGAGAAACAAAGAACUUCGAAUGCAUAUGCUACCCAAUCUGGUACAAGUAUGGCAACGCCGUAUGUUGCAGGAACUUUGGCACUCUAUCUUGCACAUAUUGGUAAUCCUGGCCCAGAAACAGUGAGUAAUGGAUGUCAGACAAAUUGUCGUCCGUCGUUCGAAAAAGUUGUCAAUUUAUUCCAAUCAAAUGCCAUGCCAGUGAAUAUUUACAGCACAUCUCUUCUUGCCUCUGUUGCCCAACAAGGUGCCGGACUGGUCAAUGUUUUCCAAGCCAUCCAGGCCACGACUUCAGUUUCACCCAGUCAACUCGCAUUGAAUGACACACUGAGACAAGACACAUCGUACACUAUUGAAGUGUUUAAUUUGGGCAACAAAACAGCCGUAUACAAUAUCGCCCAUUCCGGAGCUGCAUUGGCUACUGGGUUACAGAAAGGAAGUGACCAGCUUUUGGGCCAACCGAUCUAUUCAGCUGACUAUGCUAUUGUCGAUAUCCAGCCAACUACCAUUGAACUUGAUCCUGGAAAAUCAGGUAUGAUUACUCUUCGAUUUCAAGCACCUUGCAAUGCCAACGCGGCUCUUCUUCCCAUCUUCUCGGGCUUUAUCAAUAUUACAAAUAAUGUGAAUGACCAAGUUGCUCAUAUUCCAUAUGCUGGUGUUGUUGGAGACUACAAGAAUGCACGCAUUCUUGUGCGAAAUAGCUCGUCACGUAUCGUUACUGGCAUUCUAAAUUCAAAUAACAUCUAUAUUUCAAAUACACAACAAGAGAAUCUGAACCUAUCAAAUGGAACCCGGGUCAUACUGGUCACAGCAUGGGCAUCGCGCAUUGUUUUCGUGGAGGCUGUCUCGGGCGAAAAUCAAGUUCUACCUAGUUUAGCGACAAGUUACGGUUACAUAUACAAUCAACCCAGACAAACACCAGCAUUUUACAUAAAUCUAGCAUUGGACAGUGAAGAAACAGAUAACAAGAGCCAUCAAUAUCAUCGCGUCAGGAAGAAGUUCUUUGAUACAAUUGACUGA